GUUGAAUCCAACUCUUGUAUAAAAUUUUAGAGAUUUUGUAUCGUCAUCGUACGAAACUAGCCGAAAAAUACAAUUCUUACAAGUUAAAUUGUUUUUUUUUUUUUGUAUUAAUUAAGAGCAAACAAUGGGUGCGUUAACAAAUCAAUUAGUUUAUGAUGUUGAAAUGGAAAAUUCUGAAACCGUAACGGAAAGUCAGGAAGAAAUAAAAAAAGAACGAGAUGUUAUGACUGUUUUGGAAAUUCGCGAACAAAUUCGUCAAAUUGAAAAGGCAAUUGUCAGCAAGGAAUCAAGAUUUAUCCUAAGAGUUAUCCGCAGUUUGCCAAGUACUCGUCGAAAGACAAAUAGCAUUGUUUUAAAGAAUCUAUCAGUUUACAUAUAUCCUCCUGGGCAGGACCGGGACUACGUACUCGGACUUAUCUCCACUCUUCCCGGAGAAUUGCAGGAUAUUGAAGGAUUGAAAAAUCGUGUUGCAACCAAAAAUCCAGCACCCGAAGUAGAUGCAUACUUUCAACUUAUUGUUUUGCUCAAACUCAUUGAUCAUAGAAUUUUGGAACAAGCUUCAAAGUGCUCGAUCACGUUAAUGAAUAAGAUUCUACAUCAAAAUCGUCGAACACUUGAUUUGAUUGCCGCCAAGUCUUAUUUUUAUCGCUCUUACGUAGCAGAGUUAUCCAAUGACUUAGAAAACAUAAGGGGAUUCCUUCACGCUCGCUUGCGAACAGCAACACUACGCAAUGAUUUCGAGGGCCAAGCCGUCAUUAUUAAUUGUCUUCUUCGCAACUAUCUUCAUUACUCGUUGUACGAUCAAGCUGAUAAGCUCGUCAAGAAGUCUGUUUACCCCGAGACGGCCGGGAACAACGAGUGGGCUAGAUUCCUGUACUACUUGGGUAGAAUAAAGGCCGCUAAACUAGAGUACAGUGUCGCUCAUAAACAUCUUAUCCAGGCUCUUCGUAAGGCUCCGCAAGCCACUGCUGUUGGAUUUAGACAAACUGUUCAGAAGGUUAUCAUAGUUGUGGAAUUGCUUUUGGGAAAUAUCCCAGAACGGCAAGUUUUCCGUCAGCCAGCCCUAAGGAAGUCCUUGGCAUCUUAUUUCCAACUUACCCAGGCUGUUCGUAUGGGUAAUCUUCAACGCUUCGGAGAGGUAGUUGAAAAUUUUGGUCCGCAGUUUCAACAAGAUCAUACUUACACUUUAAUCAUACGAUUGCGUCACAAUGUAAUUAAAACUGCAAUUCGUUCUAUUGGCUUAUCGUAUUCAAGGAUAUCUCCGCAAGAUAUUGCAAAGCGUCUGAUGCUCGAUUCAGCUGAAGACGCCGAGUUUAUUGUAGCCAAGGCAAUUCGGGACGGUGUUAUUGAAGCAACUUUGGAUCCUGAGAGAGGGUGCAUGCGUAGUAAGGAGAGUACUGACGUGUAUAGUACAAGGGAGCCGCAGUUAGCUUUUCAUGAAAGGAUUUCAUUUUGCUUAGAUUUGCAUAAUCAGAGUGUCAAGGCUAUGCGUUAUCCGCCAAAAUCAUACGGAAAAGAUCUAGAAAGUGCCGAAGAGAGACGCGAACGGGAACAACAAGACUUGGAAUUGGCAAAGGAAAUGGCUGAAGAUGAUGACGAUGGAUUUUAAAAAAUUAAAAAGAAUAUUCAUUUAUGUAUUUGAAUUUUUCAAAGUUUGUUUUGUAAAACUCUACCAUUAUAAUAAUCCUGUUUAAAGUCAUUAUUAAAUUUUCUAAUAGUGAUCACUUGGUGACUUGCUUUUCUCGA